ACAUCAUCCUUGCUGCCGUGGAACGCGUCGGUAGAUAUUGAUGCGGAGCUCCGCAGGAUUGCUCCUGCCGCGGUAAGUAGCGAAAGCGAGGCCAGCUGGAGUGUGGCGACCGACGUAUCCCAGAUGAUUGCCCGCGGCGGUGUCGGUGCGCUUCCUGCGUGGAGACUUCCGGUGCCGCCGACGAACUGCACGCAGGUAGCGGCCGCAUGGGAGACGCGUCAGCGGGCAGCCGUCGCUGCCGACCUCACCAACUUCUCCCCCACUGUCGAGCAGCCCAGCCGACUUCUCAGCGACCCUGUUUCAGAGAGCCAGACGCAGCAGCUUGUGGCAGCUGUGGUGCGGUCGAUGCCGCCGUAUCCGGCGCAAAUGAAAGGGCCGGUGGGGAGGGAGGCUCUGGACUCACUGCGGCUGCCUAACCUUCAGGAAAGCGGCCCCUGUAGUCCCGCACCGCCGUCGGCAGCAGCGAGAGCAAUCGCAGCGGUGGCUGCAUCUGUGGAGAAUGGCGCAACGGGUGCGGUUCGACGUGAGGUAGUGGCAGAGAAGGCGGCGGCACUCGCCGACGAGAGGGCCACCGAUGACGCUGCCAGUGGCGCUGUCUCUUCAGACCCCGUAUCAGCGCUUGCCAGUGGUCAAAAGGCGAAUGCUGGCGGUCUCCCCGUUUCGAGGAGCGCACACCGUUAUGACGCUCAUCAACGAACAGUGGCGGCGGUGUCUCGAGAGAAAUUGUCGUCCCUGGAAGAUACGGAUCAGCCAGCAGCAAUAACGAAUGAGGUGGCGGUGUCGUCGCCGGUGAAUGAUCUGCCUCGCCCUCCCACCACGCGGCUUCCUCCGAGGCGCUUCGCCGUUGGCAGCAAAGACCGGCCAGCUGAAAAGACAACGGAGGACCUGGCCCUGCGCGUGGAGAGUGUGUGUCCUCCAAACCGCGCAGAGUCAACCCAUAGGAUGGAAGAGACCGGCGAUUUUGCCGCAGAAGGCAGCGCAGACCGACGAGCUCUCGUCCGCACAUCCCUACCCACUUCACCGGGUGAUACACGCGCAGAAGCGAUGGUGGCGAAGGCAGUAGGUGGGCAGAAUGCUGCAGUACUGUGUGAUGCGGGAGAGGCUGCGCUGUUGCCGCGGAGUGAGAGCAUUGAAUCAGUCAUUUCCUCCGUGCGGAGGGGUGAGCAGAAAGAAGUGUGCGCUAUUCCACUUAACGCAGCAGCAGCAGCAGCGCGGCGAGAAGACGCGACUGCGAGCCGAUCUCGCUCUUCCUCGGCAGGGGUUGGUGGUGCAGAGGGCGCCAAGCACUCGGGAACGGUACCCUUUGGCACUUCCGCCUCCUUAUUGACACAACUGUGCACGCCUGAGCGGUCCUUCGCAGUUACCUCUGCUCUACCGACCGAAAAUGGCUCCUUUUCCCUGCGUGGCAUGGAGGCGGGGCAGUCUCCUCUGGAGCGGUCAGCGUAUGGGCGGCAUGCUGUAUCGCUCAGCAACGGGCGAGGCGAAGAGGAGUUGGGCGAGGGUGUGCCGCACAGCCACGCGCCAACGCCGCUACUCUGUCGCCUCCAACAACGGAGUAGAGUGACGCCGCCGUACGAUGGAGUGCGGCAGUCAACUGACAUUGUCGCGGAGGAGGGCACGAGCGACGCGCCGGUUACUCAGCCGUUUUCCCGCUCUGACGCGUCGACGCGGUGCCUGUCCGCUCCUGCAACGGAGCUUCAAGCGGCCCAGAACGCACUGGAGCAGGCGAGGGAGACAGCGGAGGAGACUCCGGCGGUCCCUUUCGACAGCUCAGCAAUCGGUGCUCCUUUAGCAGGGGAACAGUGCAGUGUAGAGGAAGGCAGGGGGACAGCCACGGCGAAUAACAUCGCUCUCGAAAAAUCGACCGUGACGAGUGCAGACGUAACUUUGGCGCUGGCAGCAGUGCCGGAUUUGUAUUCUCAUGGCUCUCCUGCGCGCGCACUCUCCUCGCCAACAUCGAACGGCAGCCCCCUUUUUGCUCGAAGUGCCUCCUCCUCGCUGUACCACCCCGGCAGCCUCGCCGCAGAACCGACGACGACGAGUCGAUCCAUCGUCAAGUCGCUUGAGAGGUUCGACGUACUGCAGUGA